AUGGCUACAACCUUGACCGGAGGAAACCAACACAUCAUCCACCUCCCAACUACCCCAUUCAACGAACCGUCCGACCCGCACACAAUCGCGCAACAAUGGCUCUCGAGUCUCGAAAGCCAGCUCUCGAAUCCUGAGUCUUUGGAUACAACCGACUUGUUUCAUGCCGAAUCAUGGUGGCGCGACAUGCUGGCCUUAGACUGGGACAUGCGGACAGUCCGGACAGCCACUGAGAUUCAAUAUUUCCUGAGCAAACAACAAGCAAAGGCGAGACUUUCUAAAUUCCGUCUCCAAGACAAGGGCAAGUUUCAGCCCCGCUUGGAGACAGUUUUUGAAGGACUCAGCUGGAUUUCCUCGAUGUUCUUCUUCGAUGGCGCCGUUGGAACUGGAACGGGAAUGCUGCGAUUGACACAAGCAGAUGACGGGUCGUGGAAGGCUUAUGCGGUCUAUACGUCAUUGCAAGAGCUUCAUUCAGCAAAAGAGCCUUUGGGGAAACGCCGCGCUGAGGGGACAACGGAAUCCAUGCCUGGGGGCAUUUCAGGCGGCACUUGGAUUGAGCGGAGGCAAAGACAGAAGGAUUUCCUGGACGAGGAGCCAACUACGUUGGUUGUGGGUGCCGGCCAGGCUGGGUUGAAUAUGGGGGCUCGACUACAGAGCCUAGGUGUUUCGUGCUUGAUUAUAGACAAGAACGAACGUGUCGGAGACAACUGGCGCCAUCGUUAUCGAACGUUGGUCACUCAUGAUCCGGCUGAGUUCACACACAUGGCCUAUCUGCCAUUCCCACAGAAUUGGCCUCAGUUUACGCCGAAAGACAAGCUGGGCGACUGGUUUGAAGCAUACGCGAGUAUCAUGGAGCUCAAUAUAUGGAUGCAGACCUCGAUUACCUCGGCAGAAUACGACGAAUCAGCAGGGCAGUGGGCGGUUUCUCUUGUCCGGGGUGAUGGGUCACAGCAUAUUAUGCGCCCUCGCCAUGUCGUAUGGUGUACCGGACAUUCAGGAGAGGCUCGAGUACCAUCUUUCCCAGGACAGGAGGCUUUCAAGGGGCAGGUUUAUCACGGAAGCCAGCACCGUGAUGCAUCUGAAAGUGAUGUCUGUGGCAAGAAGGUUAUCGUCGUGGGUACUGGAAACAGUGGUCAUGAUAUUGCCCAGAACUAUUACGAAAACGGUGCAGAUGUUACCAUGCUGCAGCGGAGCGGGACUUAUGUCUUGACUGCUGAUAAAGGUGUCUUCAUGAUGCACAAGGGGUUGCACGAAGAUGGAGGUCCUCCAACAGAAGAAUGCGAUAUCGUUGCCGAAAGUCUUCCUUGGCCAGUUCAACUGGCUCUCAGUGUGCAUGGAACAAAGCGAAUAGCAGAAGCCGAAAAGGAAACUCUCGAUGGGCUCCGCAAGGCCGGGUUUGAGCUUGACUUCGGGCAGGACGGGGCCGGUAUUGCGCGCGCAUACUUCACCCGUGGGGGUGGUUAUUACAUUGAUGUGGGAUGCAGUCAGCUGAUUAUUGAUGGCAAGAUCAAGGUGAAACACAACCCAGGCGGCAUUAACGGCUUUGGAGAGAACGAACUACAACUAGCCGACGGAGAUUCGCUGCCGGCAGAUAUCGUUGUUCUUGCUACCGGAUAUGAUAACAUGCGCACGACAGUGAGGAAAGUCUUGGGUGAUAAAAUCGCCGAUCGAUGCUCUGAUGUCUGGGAUUUGGAUAACGAGGGAGAAGUCCAAGCAAUGUGGCGUCCUAGUGGUCACCCAGGCUUCUGGUACUUUGGUGGAAACCUUGCCUUGUGUCGGAUCUACUCUCGAUUCUUGGCCCUUCAAAUUAAGGCAGUAGAGUCUGGCCUAUCUCCGGGGGUGCGACAGUGA